GCCAUCGCGUUUGGUAUCGAGCCAGCGACAUUUUUUCAUGGCAACACUCGGCCUGCAUAAAUUAUGUUCAUGACGUAGUGCAAAAUACUACAAUUCUGUUAAAAUGUUGAGACUUUGCAGCUAACGCUUACGUUUAGUUUAUCUCGGUGGACUGUGUUCACCUGAGUUAUAGUUUACGAGGAUACUCGUCAUUAAAUAUUUAGUAAACGAGCUACAUUGCGCCGCCGAGCCUCUUUAUCAAUGCAAAUGCCCCUUUUGUGUGCAGCCAUAGCGUCCGUCUGGAAGCUGUGAGAUGAAUUUUUAAUUAUGUAUGUCUAAUAGAAACUGUGGCAAAGCGCGCUGAAGGAGGUGAAAGGCAGAAUUUAACGGUAAUUCCUCCGGUGGGCUUGUAAGAAGAACACCCCUUGGUCAUCAUGCCUAACCUGUGAUCUUAUGGAUGAAACUGAAUGAUGGAUUCGGAAGACCUUCCUGCAAAAGAUGCACCACUUACUGUCAAUGAGCAGGUGAUUGUCAUGUCCAGUCAUGAGACCAUUCGAGUUCUAGAGGUUGAAGUGGAUGCAGCUGUGCCCUCCCCAGGAAAUCAUGUGAAAACUGAAGCAGGAGCAGAAGAGGGGAGAGGAAAAGCUUUAGAUCCAGCAGAGGUGGUCACUCAGGAUAGACAUACACCAACCAGCACCAUCCCCACAGUUUCUAAUGAGGCUGCAGCCCCUUCUGUUCAGAAUGUUGCAAUUCCUAUAAGUCUCUCUUUGCCUCAUCACCAGACCAGCAUGCCUGUCACUAUCCAGGCCUGUCCACAGGUUCUGACCCAGGAUGGCCUUGCAACUCUGAUGACUGGCAUGAUUGCCCAGCAAAGCACUCUGAGCCAGCCUCUGCUGAUUCCACUAAAUAUGGCAGGCUCUGUGGGUGGUCAAAAUGGCCUGGCACUACUGACCCUUCCGGCAACCACACUAGCCACUCUGCCAGGUUUCGGGGCUGGUGGCACAACUGGAGGGCUCAUUAAACUACCUUUUGCUGGCCUGCAGGCUGCCACUGUUCUGAACACAGUCCAGCCUCAGCUUCAGGCACCUACACAAGCACUCCUACAGCCUCAGACAGCUACAAUACAGUCAGUGCAGCAGACACAGGCUGCUCCCGCCAGCACUGCUGCUGUAGCUUCUGUCAUGCACAAGGUGACUGAGCCUAGUGCAUCAGUUGCAACACUUCAGACCACAGGCCUAACCAUCAACCCUGCUAUUAUCAGUCCUGCAUCUUUGGGUGGUCAGCAACAGUUCAUCAGUUCUCUGACUACAACUCCAAUCAUCACGAACACCAAUGUGACAGGACUAACCAGUCAGAUAUUCACCAACGCACAGGGCCAGAUGAUGGGCACUUUGCCUCUGCUGGUGAACCCUGCAUCUUUGAUAGGAGUCUCUUCAACACAUUCACCACCAGCUCAGGGUCUUCAGGUGCAGACUGUGACUCCUCAGCUGCUGCUGAACUCCCAGGGCCAGAUAAUUGCCACUAUUGGGAGCAACCCUGGUGCUUCUCCAUUCAGUACAUCCCCAAGCUCCACAGACUUAACUAAAACUACUCUGUCACAUUCCAAGUUUAACACACAGGCUCCCACUGUAACAGUAAACCAGUCUCCAGUCAUGAUUGCCCCACAGCCCUCCACAGGGAAAUCAACCUCCUCAUCGAUUCCUGUUGCCUGUGCAGAAAUGCCCACAGUCAGCCAACUCGUCAACAAGCCACAGUCUGGGGUAACUGAAGAAGAGGGCAUUAAUCUGGAGGAGAUCCGUGAAUUUGCCAAAAACUUUAAGAUACGACGGCUUUCGCUGGGGCUGACGCAAACACAAGUAGGUCAAGCUCUUACGGCUACUGAAGGACCAGCUUACAGUCAGUCUGCAAUUUGUAGGUUUGAGAAGCUUGAUAUAACACCUAAGAGUGCCCAGAAGCUAAAACCGGUUCUAGAGCGUUGGCUUGCUGAAGCAGAGCUCUGGAACCAGAAGGGACAGCAAAACCUAAUGGAAUUUGUGGGAGGCGAGCCAUCCAAGAAACGCAAACGCCGCACCAGUUUCACACCACAAGCCAUUGAGGUCCUGAACAGCUAUUUUGAGAAAAAUGCACUUCCGACUGGGCAGGAGAUCACAGAAAUUGCCAAGGAACUAAAUUAUGACAGGGAGGUUGUACGAGUUUGGUUUUGUAAUCGCAGACAGACUCUGAAAAACACCAGCAAGAUCAAUGUGUUUCAAGUACAGUAGAGUUUACAAUAGAAGCCUGGAAGGACAAUGAGAUAUAUGCAUGGAUAUUGGUACUGUGAUAUGUUAAAGAUGCAUCUUUUUUGAGGAGCCUCCAAGCCUAUAAGUUGAUUUUCACAUUAAAUUGCACAAAAAAUCAGUGUGCUACAUUCAUGAAUGUUUUUGUUAAAUCUGCAUGUGAACUUAAGACAACACCACAAGUAUAGAACAAAUAAAUUAUAAAGAUUUUCAUAACAUUAAAUAGCAGUAGUGGCAAAAUCCCUAAAACAUAAUACAUUUGCUUUUUCAUAUUUAAUGUAACUUUUUUCACAUUUCAUAUCUUGUGCCAUAGAAUUUACAGUUGUAACUGAAUUUAAGUGGAUUGUGUAGGCCCAGGGGUCUAACUGAUAUCUAGAAGAAAACUGACUUCCAGAAAAAUGUAAGUUUGUUGGGAAUGUAACAUUAAGUGCUUUGUUUUAGCUUUCUGCUUCUUUCUGGUUUUCGACAGCCAACCUCUUUGAAGAAAUUCUAAAUGUCCAUGAUUCUUCUAUAUUAUGUAUAAGAAAGUCAAGGCAGUCGUAGUAUUGUGGACUUUCCUGUCUGUUUUGGUGUUGAACAUUGGUAAGAUAUUGAUGCAUACUGAUGUCUAUUCAUUUAAAUAAGACUUCAUUAAGUCUAAAAUAUUUAGCUUCAGUAAACGACCUAAGAGAAACUGCAUUCUUCAUUUGCUGUUACUACUGUUACUACAGAAAAAUGGUAAGUUUGUAUAUUAAAGGAAAUACUUUUUCAAAUGCAAACUUCUAGCUCAGGUAGAGAUACAGUGGGAUUGGGUAUAGGACAGGGAAUCCCAAAUAUUUUCCUCCCCUUUUUGACUGCUCAAUUGAAUGACUUAUUUCAGAUUUCAGCUUUACAUACAGAUGAGGUGCUGACUGCAUAUAUUUAAUGAUUUUAUUUCAAAAACCUUGCUUGAUUUUCUGUUUAAUUCUUCCCCCUUCCUCUGUUUUUGUGUGCCAUAUGAUAUAUACAGUGCAAUGUUAAAUCAGAACUAAUUAAUACUAGAUAAAGACAACCCAAUUAAACAAAUGAUGCAAAAGACUCUAGGUGUACUAAUUAAUUUAACGGAAGUCAGGUCUGAAUUUAGAAUGCCUGUGUUUCAAGGACAAACAUUUUCACUAUCAAAAUCAGGUCUUCACCGCACAGGUUUAAGGAAGUGUGCUAUGUCCUGAUUAAUGGAGAUUACUGAGGACUGCCAAAAAACAUUUCUAAAGAUUUUGACCUCCACCAGUCCACUGUGAGGCAGAUAAUUUACAAAGGAUGUAAUUGAGCACCACUGUUACUCUCCCAAGAGUAGUUAUUCAGCAAAGAUCACUCCAAGGAAACAACAAAUAAUAUUCUGGGAAGUCAAAAAGAGCCACAGGGUAGAAUCAAAGAACCUACAGGCCACACUUGUGUUCAGUAAUGUCAAUGUUCAUGACAACCACUGAACAAGAACAUACAGUUGUAUGCAAAAGUUAAAACCCCUGACGGUUUCCAUGAUUUUCAUUUAUAAAUAUUUGAGUGUUUGCAAGUUGAUGCUGUAGGUCUUUGGAGGUGGUCUGUGGGAUGUUUUUGACCGUUCUCACCAUCCUUCGCCUUUGCCUCUCCAAUAUUUUACGUGGCCUGCCACUUCUGGCCUUAACAAGAACUGUGGUCUUCCAUUUCCUCACUAUGUUCCUCACAGUGGACACUGACAGCUUAUGUCUCUGUGAUAAUUUUUUUUAGCUUUCCCCUAAACCAUAAUGUUAAACAAUCUUUGUUUUCAAGUUAUCUGAGAGUUGGCCUCCAUGUUGCCACUCUUCAGAAGAGAGUCUAAAGCCCUAUUCGGAUGGGAUUAGUUUUACGUGGGGGUAAAGUAAUUAUUACCAGAGCUUCUCUGUGAUUUUAGUCCUGUCCGAAUGUGCCAUCUCGGUAAUCAUUAGGGACAAUGUCAGUAAAGAUUACGGCGACUUUUACCUUCUGUAAAAAGGUCCGGAAAAAUUACCUCAGGUAAUACUAAUCCCGUCUGAAUAGACCCGCUGUAAAUAUGUAUGGUAAAAUUCUGUCAUUUCCUGUUUAAAAGUAGUUUUUGGCGCGUUUUGCAAGCAUGGAUAACACGUGAUAACAGGAAGCAACGUCAUACGCACAUGACGACAAGGAGGUUACUGUGGUGCGUAAAGCAAGUUACCCCUUCCACUUCUGCUAGUUUUACUGAGAUAUCUUGUCCUGUGUGAAUUGGCCAAUUAAUAUUACAGACGUUCUGAGGUAAAAUUGCAUUACUCCACGUCCCCACGUAAAACUAAUCCCGUCCGAAUAGGGCUAAAGAGAACAACAACUUUCAAUUGGCCACCUUAAAUACCUUUUCUCAUGAUUGGCUGCACCUGUCUAUGAAGUUCAAGGCUUAAUGAGCUCACCAAACCAAUUGUGUGUUCCAAUUCAUCAGUGCUAAUUAGUUAGAGGUAUUCAAAUCAACAAAACGGCAAGGGUGCCCAAAUUUAUGCACCUGUCUAAUUUCAUUUUGAUGCAUAUUGUGCACUUUCUGUUAAUCCAAUAAACCUCAUUUCACUACUGAAA